GUUUGUUAGAUGUCUGCUGCGUACUAACACAUACCACACGCUGACACUCGCUCGCACGCACGCACGCACACACUCAUUGAUUGACUCAAGCGGCUCGUACGUUAGCGUGCAGCUGGCUAGUUAGCGCGGAGCUCGUCUUGGGGCUCGCAACGACUCGACAAGGGCACGCAACAUCGCCGUCUCCAUGGUGACGCUUAGAUGUACGUUCCGUCGGUGCGUCGCUGAUGAGAUAUGAGCGUCUCCAUGGCAACGUCGGCCCCUUAAAACUUGUCGCUGUUCGAACGUGCGGCUAUUACAGCCUACAAAAGCUCGGCAAGAACGCUGACGAUUGGCCGAGGCGGACCACGUGACCGGACAUCGCCAAGUUUUGGGAGAGGAUGGGCCCAAAAAGAAAGCAAACCGCCGAGCAAAGGCGCUUGGCGGCCCGAUUGAGGAUGCGCGUGAUCAGAGCUCAACAAUCCUUCGAGCGCGCCGCCAGUCAAACGCUUACGCGGGAACUAAACUAUGCUGCUUGCGACCCGGAGCGGUUGGCGGAGCGCCAACCCGACGGGCCGCCAGGAGGGCUGGCGACGAGCGCGCCGGCCAUGGCGAGCUCCUGGCGGGACGAGGACGAGGAGUUGAAGGCGGGCGGGGCCAAGGUUCUCGGCAACCGGCCCAGGUUCUCCUUCUCCGAGAUCAAGAUGCUGCUGCAGGAAGUCCGCAGGAACAGAUACAUCCUCCUCAGGAAGUUCAAUCACGGCGUGCCGGCGGAGGCCAAGAAACAAAAGUGGGCCGAGAUCACGGAGCAGAUCAACGGUCUGGGACAGAACCACAGAGAGGUGCGUCAAAUCAUGAAGAAGUGGGCCGACCUGAAAUGUGACGGCAAGCGGCGCAUGGCUCUCCUGCGAGCUCCCGACGGCUCGGCGGGGAGGAGGAAGAGGAAGUCUCUGGACUCGGUGGAGAAGAUGGUCCACAGGAUCCUGUUGAUGAGUCCUACCGCAGACGUCGUCAGUGACGCCGAAGACCGAGACGAAGGCUCCGAGUCCAAGGCCCCGGACGCCGAGCGCUACUCCUACGCGGACGGCAACAGCGGAUCGCUCUCACUUCCCGGAGGACUUUCCUUGGACUUCUCGCCUCUGUCGUCCCCCGACAAGGAUCUGAGCGGGGACCCCUACCGCUCGUCGGACGACGACGAACCUUCCAUGGACUGCGAAGACAACGCCGCCUUCUCCGUCCAUUCGUCUUUGGGUCCACCCAGGCUGGUCCACACGUACUCCCGACACGGCCGCAACGCCGUCAGCAUCACCUCCAAAGACUGCGACGGCGACUCUCCUCCCGCUUCGCCGUUGCCACCCUCGAGCGCCGCCGUCACCUCCUCGUGCUCGCCCUCGCUCGGCCCUCUUGCCGGCGACGCGUCCCUGCCGGCGACCUUCUCCAACGCCCGCCCCGAGCCCUCUCCAGCAGAGGAGGAGCAGGCGCUGCCGUCGCCGCCGUCGGGCCCGCUGCCGCCGUCGGGCUUGGCGCAGCUGGCCUGCCACAGCGUGCAGCAGCAGCGUGCCAGUCGGCAGCUGCUGGCGUCGGUGUCGCGCUCGCUGGAGACGCUGGCGCAGUCGCUGCAGCUGCUGGUGGAGAGCCAACAGAAGUUUGUCAGCGAGUCGCUGGCGCUGCAGAGGGAGACGCUGGGCGUGCUCAAGACCUUCUCGGGCGCCGCGCUGGCCGUGCUGAGGGACGGCAGGGCGCAAGGCCCCGCCCUCAGGCUGGACAAGAUGGACGACGGCGCUUUGGAUCGCUCCACGUGAGCUACGGCGGCGAGUGGCCCGAGCCGGGUGGAAACCCAACAGAGGCCGUCUGAUUGGCUGACGCAAAAUCAAAGGCAGAGAGCUUUGCUGAAAAAAAAAUUUCAGCGCAGUCCGUUCCAGCGGGGACGCCUUCCUUCCUUCCUUCCUUCCUUCCUUCCUUCCUUCCUUCCUUCCUUCCUUCCUUCCUUCCUUCCUUCCUUCCUUCCUUCCUUCCUUCCUUCCUUCCUUCCUUCCUUCCUUCCUUCCUUCCUUCCUUCCUUCCUUCCUUCCUUCCUUCCUUCCUUCCUUCCUUCCUUCCUUCCUUCCUUCCUUCCUUCCUUCCUUCCUUCCUUCCCUCCUUCCCUCCUUCCCUCCUUUCUUCCCUCCUUUCUUCCCUCCUUCCUUACCUCCUUCCUUACCUCCUUCCUUACCUCCUUCCUUCCCUCCUUCCUUCCUUACCUCCUUCCUUCCUUACCUCCUUUCUUCCCUCCUUCCCUACCUCCCUUCCUUCCUUCCAGACAAGAUGAAACUGAAGCUUCUCGUCCAGGGGAAACAAAUCCUCCGAAAAAGACUGGGAUGCCGAGUGAGCUGCGCUCCACGGGUUCCUGGACUGCGGUCACCAAAGAUACAUUUUCCUCAAAGCCCAACGCAAACAAGGGACCCUAUCCCUUAUCUCGGUUAGCUGGCUGACGGGCGAACCGUCGCUCCCGUCAUUUUUUAACUUUCCCUCGGGUGGGCCCAUUCAGAACGCCUUCAAUGGGCAACAAUCCUGGCUGUCGGUCUUUUACUGCCCCCAGGUGGCCAAAAGCAGCAUUUCAGUGAAGCGCUGGCACUCAAACGCUGCGGUUCCCAUUAUCCUCAAAAUGAUACGGUGGCGGGGGACAUCUAAAUGUCAUACAUUCAUUUCAGAACGGGUGAUUUGAGACAGAAGGAAUUUGUGCUACAAGUGUGCGCACUGCGCAGGGAACGAAUUCAACUCUUAUCUCAAGGCAGCACAAUGUCCUGGAACUUUAGUGGCCACGUUGCAAGAUCGUCAAGACGAGGUCCUUCCAAAUCGGGCUCCGUCGAUGAGAUGAGCGAAAGCUCGACGCUCACCGGGAACUCUCUAAACUUGGGCUGAUGCACGUGAGCAGAAAGACGCAAUUUGCCCCCACUGCACGCGCAGCCAUCCUCCGUUUGCACUCGAGUAUCAUGUAUGUGUCAUUUUUAUCCUGAAAGUGGGUGGACGCCCCGCCCGCUCGCCUUCCCGCCCCGUGCCGGUGACGGUCUUCCAACUCUGGAAACGAACAUUGAUCGCAGAAAUUGACGAGUGAACUAAUGUGCUUGAAUGUGCGGCCGUCGUGACGGGUUUGUGGUUUGUUUUUUUGCGAGGCGCACGCGGUGACAAUAAAGUGGAAACUCUUCGUCGA